UGCCGCCUCCCGGCGGUGCCGGAGUCGGGUGGGUCGGUGGCUAUAAAGCUGCUGAGGGCGGGAGGCGCCGUGCACUGUCCUCCGUGGGUUGCUCCUUUCUUCAGCCGGGGUCCGGUCGCGUUUGGUGCCCGAAGGAGGAACCAGUGAGCGACCUGGAGACUGCAGUUCUCUGUCCUUCGCACAGCUCUUUCACCAUGCCUGGGUCACUUCCGUUGAAUGCAGAAGCUUGCUGGCCAAAAGACGUUGGAAUUGUUGCCCUUGAGAUCUACUUUCCUUCUCAAUAUGUUGAUCAAGUUGAGUUGGAAAAAUACGAUGGUGUAGAUGCUGGAAAGUAUACCAUCGGCCUAGGGCAGGCCAGGAUGGGCUUCUGCACGGAUCGGGAAGACAUCAACUCUCUUUGCCUGACUGUGGUUCAGAAUCUGAUGGAGAGAAAUAGCCUGUCCUAUGAUUGCAUUGGGCGGCUAGAAGUCGGAACAGAGACAAUCAUCGACAAAUCAAAAUCAGUGAAGUCGAAUUUGAUGCAGCUGUUUGAGGAGUCUGGGAAUACAGAUAUAGAAGGAAUAGAUACAACUAAUGCAUGCUACGGAGGCACAGCUGCGGUCUUUAACGCUGUCAACUGGAUUGAAUCCAGCUCUUGGGAUGGCCGGUAUGCUCUGGUAGUUGCAGGAGAUAUUGCUAUCUAUGCCACAGGAAAUGCCAGACCUACAGGUGGCGUCGGAGCUGUGGCUCUGCUAAUUGGGCCAAAUGCUCCUUUAAUUUUUGAACGAGGGCUCCGUGGGACACACAUGCAGCAUGCCUAUGACUUCUACAAGCCUGACAUGCUGUCCGAAUACCCUGUAGUAGAUGGGAAACUCUCCAUACAGUGCUACCUCAGUGCACUGGACCGCUGCUACUCUGUCUACCGCAAGAAGAUCCGUGCCCAGUGGCAGAAAGAGGGAAACGAUAAAGAUUUCACCUUGAAUGAUUUUGGCUUCAUGAUCUUUCACUCGCCAUAUUGUAAACUGGUGCAGAAAUCUCUAGCUCGGAUGUUCCUGAAUGACUUUCUUAAUGAUCAGAACAGAGAUAAAAACAGUAUUUACAGUGGCCUGGAAGCCUUUGGGGAUGUUAAGUUGGAAGAUACAUACUUUGACAGAGAUGUGGAGAAGGCAUUUAUGAAGGCUAGUUCGGAUCUGUUUAACCAGAAAACAAAGGCGUCUCUGCUCGUAUCAAAUCAGAAUGGGAAUAUGUACACGUCUUCUGUGUAUGGGUCCCUCGCUUCUGUUCUGGCACAGUACUCACCUCAGCAGUUGGCAGGGAAGAGGAUCGGAGUGUUCUCUUAUGGGUCUGGCUUGGCUGCCACUUUGUACUCCCUUAAAGUCACGCAAGAUGCCACCCCAGGAUCUGCUCUUGACAAAAUAACAGCAAGUUUAUGUGAUCUAAAAUCAAGGCUCGACUCAAGAACUUGUGUGGCGCCGGAUGUCUUUGCUGAAAACAUGAAGCUGAGGGAGGACACACACCACUUAGCCAACUAUAUUCCCCAGUGUUCAAUAGAUUCACUCUUUGAAGGAACGUGGUACCUAGUUAGAGUGGAUGAAAAGCACAGAAGAACUUACGCUCGGCGCCCCUCCACCAAUGGCCACAAUUUGGAGGAAGGAGUGGGACUUGUACAUUCAAACACCGCAACAGAGCAUAUUCCAAGCCCUGCUAAGAAAGUGCCAAGACUCCCUACCACAGCAGCAGAGGCGGAAUCAGCUGUCAUCAGCAACGGGGAGCACUAAGAGCUUUGUGGGGUAGAAGGCUUCACAGUGACCUGGGGCUGGGAUGGGGAAUGGAAACAGUUGGAGUAUUGGCUGUCUGGGGACAAUUUUAAAGAUUACUUGUUGUUUAAAGUGUAAUGUAACUGAAUGUAACUGACACAGAGCCUAGAAAACGGUUGUGUUCUUGGAAAAGUCUUUGCUGAACUUGCUAACACGCUUCCUGUUGUCAUCUGGCCAAUGGUGAAUGUACUGCAAUGAUGUUAAAGGGCUCUGGAAAACUCUAUACCUCUCUGGAUGUUUUUAUGCAUGCAGUUUAGUUUGCAAACACGGCAUGAACUGACUGCUUCUGUCGACGAUUGAGGAGGUACUAGUGUCCGAUUUUAAAAAAAUGUUUUUUUUUUAAUGUGUAAGAAUUUUGUACUUUAACAAAUAAAAAAGUACCUGUAGCUUUUUUGAAAAACUUUUCUAGGUUGCGGAUUGUGGAAUUUAAAUGUUACACAUAAACCAUGCUUGAAAAUGGCAAGGCAAAUACUAUCUUUUUUGAAGGUUUGUAAAUCCUGAAGGAGAGGGUAAUGGUUCUAGGAUCUGGAGGAACCAUCAUUGAGAAAGGUUAGCUGUGAUCACGUGAGCAAAAAGAUGUUGGCUCUGAGCAGGCCUCUGCCACAGCAAACGGUUGGUUCUCCUGAGCACUGUGAACACAGCCUGGGAACUGGUUCCAGCCGGUUCAUGGUGGCUGGAGCUGGUGUGAGGAAGCAGCCCUGAGCACCCUGCUGGCAAGGAGGACAUGGAAAGUAGGAAGAAUGGGGCGGGGUAUUAUUAGGUUACAGUGUUACAAGUCCAGUUUAUAGGCCAACAGCUUAAAUUCACGGGACACCUUUUUUCUUUGUAGUUUGUGUAUUUUUGUGUUUUGUUUUUGUAUCUGUCCAAUAAAAAUAAGAAUAUAACCCACAUUUUCACAUAGUGAAAGUUAUAUAUAGUCUGACUGGCCAAAAGGAAUAUUCACUUCAAGAUCUAAGAGUAGAAUUCAUGACAUUUCCCCUUAACUUUCACUUUUAAAACAACAAAAACUACCACAUGAGAUGAAAAAGGAAAUCCCUUGGAACGUUCUCUGGGUGAUGUUGGUGCUGAACAUGACAUGAGCCUCAUAGACUGUAAAACAGAGAUAGUUGGAACUAAUGGACAGAACUAAAUUCUUUAAACUUUAUUUGCUAUUCAAUUCUGUGAAGUUUCAGUUAUCUAAACUAAACACAUAAAUGUGUAAUGUUUCAGAUUGCAAGGUAAUAUGUAAUGUAGCAUUUGUAAUAUAUUCUUGUCAAUAUUAACCAGUAGAAUUUUGAUUUGUACAGUUUUAAUUGGUUAAAAUGAUUUCAUUUUAACAUCCACUGCUAUAGAUUAAUGAUGUACGUUCAGAUUUAAAGAAUGGUGGGGAAACAGUGCAUGCAAUUCUUUUUGCAAGUAUUGAGAUUUCUGUAUGUUUGGAAAAGAGUAAUUUAAUGUUUGAGUGCCAAGAAGUGGGUUUUCUCAGAGUCCAUUGCCGGCAAUGGGCAAGCCUGGCGAUACUGGCACGGAGCAUUGACCAUACACCUUACUAACAGCAAGGUGAAUAACUUUGAAAUAAAGUUUUAGGCAAAUAUUUCAGAUAUCUGAGUCUUCU